GGGACUUAAUCCCUUAACACUCAAGAUCGGCGCCAACUGCUGCCAGCGUUCUUGCUGCUUUUGUAAACGAACAAAGGAAAUCCAAAGCCUGCAUCCAAACAAUUCACAUAUUCGUGUUUUCUUCUUGCUUCGAAACGACUCUGGGAGGAAGAGGUUUUAUGUUACCUUCCAACCCUUCGAAAAUUUCUCCCGGAAAGUAACGCAGGUUCUGUCUAUUCCUAUCGAUUUCCUCUUUCCGUCGCCUCGCGUGUUCAGCUCCACCUCCUUUAGCUUGAUGGCACGGCAUAUAUUGGGCUCUUGAUAAAGGAAAGUGGCCAGCUACAAGGAGGAAAUCUACGCGCUCCGGUCUCUUCGAGAUUCGAGUAUUUCUAGCUUAGUUAAUCGCCAGCACCGUCUGAAUCAUCUGCGCUUGGGCUGCUGUUCCAAUCCAAAGGCUUUUGUUCAGGCGCCACGAGCCAAUCCCCCGUCAAGAGGUGGGCGGAGGCGGCUGAGCAGAUGCCGGGGGGGGGGGCGUCGAGUGUGCGCCCAGAGAGCUGGUCUGCAGCCGCCGCCUCUCCAGUUGCCUCCGAUCUCAAACUUCAAACAUAGACCGAACCUCUGCAAAGGAGCAUGUAUGGCGGUUGGGAAAGGCGAGCGACGUAGUAAAGUCCAAGGCGCAAUCCAGACUCGGAUCUUGGACUUGCCAUGAGUCAUUGGUUCCUGCACCUUCGUAACCCGAGUGAUUGGUACAAAGUGACCUACAUGCCUAAAGGGUGGCAAGGAAAAUUAGAAGACAGCUAAAGCUCAGUCAUGUUUUCUGUUUGGCACACUAUUCUCUCUCUUCAUGGGAACUACAAGAGGUUGGGUUACCUCUUAAUCUUCACUGUAAGUGUAUGUUGUAGUACCUCUUUAAUGUGCCCCACCACUUGCAUCUGUGCCAGUGACAUUACGAGCUGCACCAGCAGAAACCUCUCAAGGGUGCCAUCAGCUCUUUUCAAGCACAUAAAAAGACUCGAUCUGAGUCACAACAGAAUUGGGGUUUUGGAUCAAGACUGGAUACCCAUGCUGCUUGAGAAGUUGAACACCCUCAUCCUCAAUCAUAACAAUAUUUUCAGUAUUUCUAUUGGGAGCUUCUCAGUUAUUCCAAAUGUCAAGUACCUAGACCUGUCAUCCAACAAUUUGAAGUCAUUGGGCAGUCCUAUAUUUCAGGAACUGAGAAUGCUGGAGGUUCUGUUGCUUUAUAAUAAUCAUAUUGCAAAGGUUGAUUCUGCUGCUUUUGGAGGAAUUCAUACCCUGCAAAAGCUGUAUUUAAGUUAUAACUCUCUCACACACUUCCCAAUUGAACUCUAUACUGGGAAACACAAGCUCUCAGAACUUGUGUUCUUAGAUGUUUCUUACAAUCGGAUCCAGUCAAUACCAAUUAAUGGCAUGAGCUUAGUACCAGCCCGACACUUAAGUGGAAUUUAUCUUCAUGGGAACCCAUUUCAUUGUGACUGCAUACUUUAUUCCAUGCUGAACUUCUGGUAUCUUCGACAUUUUACUUCAGUGGAAGACUUCAAGACUGAAUACACAUGCAAUAAAGACUCCCAAAAACUGCCUUUAUUGCAGAACAAUUAUUUAAAUUGCUCAGAAAGCACCAUUAAUGGUUCUUUCCAUGCCUUUGGUUUUAUUCAUGAAGCACAAAUUGGUAAGAGGAUUAUAGUACCCUGUGAUACCAAAAUCAGUGAUGCUGGGACUAGUUUUAUUUGGAUCAGCCCAGAUAAUCAAGUUUUAGAGCCAGGAAAAACAACUGAACAGUUCAAAGUAUUUCAUAAUGGAAGCCUGGAAAUAGAUGAUGCUCAGUAUGAAGACGCUGGACUUUAUUCCUGCAUUGCAAUAAAUAAGAAAAGAUUAUUGAAUGAAACAAUUGAAGUAAGAAUAAAUGUCAGCAAUUUCACAGUGGACAAAUCUUACUCUCAUGAAACAUUUAACACUGCUUUUACAACCCUUGCAGCUUGUGUAGCCAGUAUUAUUUUGGUUCUUCUUUACCUCUACUUGACACCCUGUCCUUGUAAGUGCAAGUCAAGGAAAAGGCAACUGAACCAAAGUAGCACAUCUAAUGCAUCCAUACUAACCUCCAACACACCCCUCAAACUUCCAGCAGAUGAGAAGAAAGCUAGCUGUGGCAAAAAGGUGGUGUUUCUUGAACCUGUGAAGGAACCUAAACCAAGUCAAAAUGGAAAAGUCAGAAUGUUUCCCAAUGAGACUGUAAUUGCUGAAAGCAUCCUGAAAACACCCCAAACAAAAUCAGACUCUAAUUCCACAAACCCAGCAUUCUCGGACAUACCUUUCAUGCCAUCUUCUUAAGUUUUCCUCCUACACUGAUGUCAUAAUCCUCUUAGUAGCAGCCACAGCUUUAUCCAAUGUUGAAAGAAAAGUCAUGGAAAACUUUGAUUUUUUAAAUCCUGAAGGUUAAAGUUAAUUGCUGUUAACUUUUUGUUCCUUCUCAGUGGGAAGAAUAUGCGUUAAUCUUAAAACAUUCAGGAGGAGCUCGUUGUUACAUGUAGCAGAGUAGAGUGGUAUACCUUGCAUUCUUACUAAUCUUUCCUCUGAAGUGAAUUAGGAGGUAGCCUUAUGGAGGAACUUGUCUGAAUAUGGUUCUCAUUCGGUGGAAGAAAGCUUAUACAGCAGGGUCCCAUCAACUUAGGCCCUUAGUUGCUUCACUGUAUAGAAUCAGUGAGAUUGUAUUAUCAGGGAUGAGACUUUUAAUCAAGUAUGUCUUAUAGAGUUUAUAGAAGAACAAAAUAGCCAUUUAUUCAAUUUCUGUUCAUUGCCUUGAGAUACUGGGUACAUAAAGAAGCAAAUAAAUUUAUAUAACCCAGAAUAUUCUGAAGUAAUGUUUAAUAUUUAGAUAAAUUUCAAAACUGGACAGGGAUUAGGUUUUUCUUUUUCUAUAAUGAAUUUUAAAAUCUAGGAAUGUAAUGUAUGGUAAAUCUAGUAAGAGAUAAACUUCAAAAAAUGAUAACUUUUACAGAAAUCAUGCUGUCCAGAGAUAUGGCUAUUAAACCACUUAAGCCUUGAAGGCCUGUAUUUCAGAAGGGAUAUCACUUCAGGCUUGUUAAGAAACCCAUAAUUCAAAAGUAUUUAAGAAGUACUGUUUUUCCAUCUAAUUAUGGUGAGGACAGAGAUGCAUUAUUGGAAUUUCUGUCUUUAUAGGUCUUAAAGGGAUAAGAGCCAUGAUAAUGUAGAAGUAUAUCCAGCCUAUUUGUUUGGAUUAAAAUUUAGGCAUGUGUGUUGUGUGGACUGAGCAGAAAAUGUCUACAAAAAUGAAUGCAUAGAAUUAAUUUUGUAAAAUUAUUGAUAUUUGUGCAAUUAGAUAUUUUAUUAGUAUUAGUUCUACUGCACUUUGACUAUUUUUGAUGAACUAUUUACAGCCAUAAUCUAAAUUGUUGAUCCCAAGAUAAAUGUUGCAUUCACAUCAAUGACAUGAAUGCCUAGACUUUACCUUCUGUAGAACCUAGACUCAUUAAAUUUGAUGGUUUAGAGCUUUAUUUGAAAAAUUCAAAGUAAUUAAGCUAAUUCUAUUUGUCAUUGUUUAAUGUGGAACUAUCAAAGCAACAGAUCCAGGAAGCUUCCACCUUGUGAGGUUCUGAUAUAAAAUUGACAAUUAAAUAAUAAUUUCAGGAUGAUCAAUUCCAUUAGAAAGCUGGAGCUUUGUACAAGUCAAAUUGUAUAUUUUAGCAUAGUUUUCUGUUAGUAAAACAAUAAGUUACUUAUUUUGCAUAGCGUUGUUUGUCCCAUUUGGGUUCCUGUCAAAUUGAUAGUCAUUUCUGCAGUGACAUGUGGAAUAACUUACAUUCUCCAGCAGGAUGGCUGUAGAGUCCAAUGGAUGGAUUCUAUGACAGCCUUCCUGCCCGGCAGACUGGGUAAAAAACUUUGGCCACACUCCUUCCUCUGGGCGUGACCCCAGUUUUGACUCAGUCUCGAAGCCCGAUAGCAGUGCGAGAUUCAGCUCUUCAAAAAUCCAUAGCUUAAGACAAAAUCUCCCUCUUCCCAGACUGAAUUUCCAGACGAAAUUAGCAAUAACAAGACCUUUAGCAGCUGGCUCAGACCGGAUCUCCACCCAACGGAGGAUCAUCGGAGCGGUGAGAGUAUCCCCAAGGGCUAGGGAGACCAGCCAAGGGGUUCGGGGGGCUCACCGGGUCGUUUACCGACCCCCAGCACAUUUAUCAGCCGAUCGGCGUGGGGCCCUCCCCCCCCUUGCACUCAAAGCCUGAAAGGGCCGCUUUAGCCGGCGUUCGCCUCCUGGCUUGCCCCCCCCUUUUUUCCUUUGCCGGCGCGCAGGGAGGACAAGGAAAAUUUCAGAGCCGGCAGCUAGAACUGCCAUUGUGAGCCUCGUGGUCUCCAUAGGCUGUGGUUGGGGGGAGUGGCCUCCUCCAAUUCGCCAUUUUGAACGAGCGGAUUAACCCGCCGUUCCAUUGUGGGUGGGGCUUUUCGCCAUCCGGAGGAGCCUACUUGCAUUACAAAGAGGGAAGAGGGGGAAAAUAGGCAAACUGCAAUCAAUUCGAACGUGAUCUGUUUUUACAGUCACAAAUUGGGGGAGUUAAAGUCACCAGUUGCAUUGUGUUGGACCAGGGCUGAAGAGUCCUGGGAUUAGGUGAGGAGGUGAGGAGGAAUAAUUUUCUCUAACUGUUCAUAUAGUGACCUUUAGUCACUGCUUUGCAGGAUCUCCUGUCCAAAGAAUCCUGUC